GUGGAGCAUGGCUUCCCCAGCCAGCCCAGCGCCCUGGCCUACGACCCCGUCCUGCGCGUCAUGGCCAUCGGCACCAAGGCGGGAGCCGUGAAGCUAUAUGGUGCACCAGGAGUGGAGCUGACAGGCUUGCACAAGGAGAUGGCCACCGUCACCCAGCUGCACUUUCUCCCCGGCCAGGGCUGGCUCCUUUCCCUGCUGGAUGACAACACGCUGCACCUCUGGGAGGUCUGCCAGAAGGAUGGCUGCUCCCACCUGGAAGAGACCCGCAGCUUCAGCCUCCCAGGACGCCCAGGCUGCUCCCCAGGCAUCACACGGGUGACUGUGGUUCUGCCCAUGUCCUCCGGUGCGGUGGGCUGCCUGGGCACCGAGGGCGGUGCUGUGUACUUCCUCACCCUGCCCACCCUGGUGCUGCUGGAGGACAAAACCCUUUUCCCGGAUGAAAUCCUGCAGAGUGUCCCUGAUGACUACCGCUGUGGGAAGGCUCUGGGGCCAGUGGAAUCCAUCCAGGAGCACCCACGGGACAGGAGCCAGCUCCUCAUUGGGUACAGCCGGGGGCUGGUGGUCCUCUGGGAGCAGAGCACACGCACUGUCCAGCACCUUUUCCUGGGGAACCAGCAGCUGGAGAGCCUGGCCUGGGAACAGAGCGGGAAGAGCAUCGUGAGCUCCCACAGUGAUGGCGGGUACAUGGUGUGGGCAGUGAGUGGCACUGGCCAGAAGACCCAGCAGCCUGUCAUGUCCACCAUCCCUUAUGGUCCUUUCCCUUGCAAAGCCAUCAGCAAAAUCCUCUGGCGGACCUGCGAGUCAGGGAACCCCUUCAUCAUCUUCAGUGGGGGGAUGCCACGGGCCAGCUAUGGUGACCGGCACUGUGUCAGCGUCCUGCAGGGCCAGACCUUGGCCACGCUCGACUUCACCUCCCGUGUCAUCGACUUCUUCACUGUGCAGAGCCCCGAGGUGGCCGAGGGAGGCUUUGAGAACCCCCGUGCCCUCGUGGUGCUGGUGGAGGAAGAGCUGGUGGCCAUUGAUCUCCAGACGCCGGGCUGGCCCACCAUCCCUGCCCCUUACCUGGCCCCACUCCAUUCCUCUGCCAUCACCUGCUCCUGCCACGUCUCCAAUGUGCCCCUCAAGCUGUGGGAGAGGAUCGUCAGUGUCGGCGAGCAGCAGAGCCCCCGGCAAUCCUCCGCUGCUUGGCCCAUCGAUGGGGGAAAGAACCUGGCCCAGGAGCCCACGCAGAGGGGGCUUCUCCUCACCGGGCACGAGGACGGCACGGUGCGGUUCUGGGACGCCUCGGGGGUCUCCUUGAAGCCCCUCUACAAGCUGGGCACCGCCAGCAUCUUCCAGACUGACUGUGAGCACAACGACAGCCUCAACCAGGCGGGGGAGGAGGAGUGGCCACCCUUCCGCAAGGUGAGGUCCUGGUGGGGGACACACACAUGCUGCUGACCCCAGCACCCCCUGCCUCUGCUGGCACUGGCUGGGGAGGACAGGCCUGGAGCUGGGCACGAAGGAUGCACCCGCCGGAGCCAUCCCGGGGACGUGUCCCACAGCUCAGGGCACAGCUGCGGUGUGACGCCCUGCGGGGACACAAGGGACACUUGUUCCGCGUGUCCCAUCUCGUGGGUCUCCCCUGGCACGGGGGAAGAGGGAGGACGUUGGGGGGAGGACACAGACCUUUCCUGGGCGUGAUGCCCGGAGCAGCCCGUGUGCUGCAGCUGGUACCCGCCAGCUGGUGGGAGGAUGUGGGGGGUCCACAGAGGGGCUGCCCCACAGCUGUCUGAAGGCCUGUUCCCCUCCUCUCCCCUGCAGGUGGGCUGCUUUGAUCCCUACAGUGACGACCCCCGCCUGGGCGUGCAGAAGAUUGCUCUCUGCAAGUACACAGCCAAGAUGGUGGUGGCUGGCACGGCGGGGCAGGUGCUGGUGAUGGAGCUGAGCGAUGAGAAGUCAGAGCACGCGGUCAGUGUGGCCACCAUGGACCUGCUGCAGGACCGUGAGGGCUUUACCUGGAAGGGCCACGACCGCCUGGCCCCCCGGAACGGGCCCCUGCCCUUUGCCCCCGGCUUCCAGCCCAGUGUGCUGGUGCAGUGUGUGCCCCCUGCUGCUGUCACCGCCGUCACCCUUCACUCUGAGUGGAACCUCGUGGCCUUUGGCACCAGCCACGGCUUUGGACUCUUCGACUAUUACCGGCGCAACCCUGUGCUGGCCAGGUGUACGCUGCAUCCCAAUGACUCUCUGGCCAUGGAGGGGCCCCUGUCCCGUGUGAAGUCCCUCAAGAAGUCCCUACGUCAGUCCUUCCGCCGCAUCCGCAAGAGCCGGGUGUCUGGCAAGAAGAGGCUCAAUGCCAGCAGCCCCUCCAGCAAGGUGCAGGAGGCCAACGCGCAUCUGGCUGAGCAGGCGGGACCCCCCGAGGUGGAGAUGACACCGGUGCAGCGACGGAUUGAGCCGCGCUCGGCCGAUGACUCGCUCUCAGGGGUGGUGAGAUGCCUCUACUUCGCUGACACCUUCCUCCGGGACGCCGCCCACCAUGGCCCCACCAUGUGGGCAGGCACCAACUCGGGCUCCGUGUUCGCCUACGCCUUGGAGGUGCCGUCGCAAGAGAAGUUCUCGGAGCGGCCGGUGGAGGCGGUGCUGGGGAAGGAGAUCCAGCUGAUGCACCGGGCACCGGUCGUGGCCAUCGCGGUGCUGGAUGGGCGGGGAAACCCCCUGCCCGAGCCCUACGAGGUCUCACGGGACCUGGCCAAAGCCCCCGACAUGCAGGGCAGCCACUCCAUGCUCAUCUCCUCUGAGGAACAGUUCAAAGUCUUCACGCUGCCCAAAGUGAGUGCCAAGACCAAGUUCAAGCUGACAGCACACGAGGGCUGCCGAGUGCGGAAGGUGGCUCUGGUGAGCCUGGCCAGCACCAGCUCUGAGGAGAGGCUGGAGAACUGCCUGGCCUGUCUCACCAACCUGGGAGACAUCCACAUCUUCACCGUGCCCGGCCUGCGGCCCCAGGUCCACUACGGCUGCAUCCGCAAGGAGGACAUCAGCGGCAUCGCCUCCUGCGUCUUCACCAAGCAUGGCCAGGGUUUUUACCUAAUUUCUCCAUCCGAGUUCGAGCGCUUCUCACUGAGCGCCAGGAACGUGACGGAGCCGCUGUGCCGGCUGGAGGUGACCCGGCUCCAGGACACUUUGUGCCUCAGCAACAGCUUGAUGGCGACGCCGAAGCUGCCACAGGCGAACGGCCCCCCCCCCCCGCGCAGCCCCGAGGACCAACAUUCCCCCACCGACAGUGACCGGUCCCCUGAGGAGCACCCGACUGCCUUCUCGCCUGGUUCCAUUGACUCCCCCAACAGCAGCAUGGAGAACCCGCUGGACACCACCGGGGACGUCACUGUGGAGGAAGUGAAGGAUUUCCUGGGGUCCUCGGAGGAAGCAGAGAGGAACUUGAGGAACACCAGCGAGGACGAGGCCCGGCCCGCGGGGAUCCUCAUCAAGUGA